AUGCCACCAAAAAAGGUGAUAAAAGAAGAAAAGAUAUUACUGGGUAGACCAGGUAAUAACUUGAAGAUUGGUGUCGUCGGUUUGCCUAAUGUAGGCAAAUCGACGUUUUUUAAUGCAAUUACAAAUAGUGCUGUACCAGCUGAAAACCGUCCAUUCUGUACAAUUGAUCCCGAAGAAUCUCGCGUAGCAGUGCCAGAUCCUCGUUUCGAUUGGUUAUGUGAAAUAUAUAACCCAGAGUCAAAAAUCCCAGCUUAUUUAACGGUAAUUGACAUCGCAGGGCUUGUAAAAGGGGCUGCUACAGGAGAAGGCUUAGGGAAUAGCUUUUUAAGCCAUAUUCGUGCUGUAGAUGCUAUAUUUCACGUUAUCCGGGCUUUCUCCGAUGAAGAAGUGACACAUAUUGAAGGUGAAGUCGAUCCAGUUCGAGAUCUGGACAUUAUCCAUACAGAAUUGCGUCUCAAAGAUGAAGAAUUUCUCACAAAACGUGUUGAGGAUCUUGCCAAGGUUACUGCGCGUAUAGGAAAGGGUGGUAGUGCGGCCGACAAGGCCAAAAAAGAAGAAUUGGAAAUCACACAGAAAAUUCUCGGUGUAGUAAAAGAUGACGGCAAAGAUGUGCGAAAGGAAAACUGGAGUAAUAAAGAAGUUGAAAUAAUCAAUUCUCUUCAACUUUUAACUGCAAAACCAGUGAUCUAUCUUGUUAAUUUAAGCCAGAAAGAUUACGUUCGAAAGAAAAACAAGUGGUUACCCAAGAUUAAAGCUUGGAUCGAUGAGAAUAACCCGGGAGACCUUAUUAUUCCAUUCUGCGCUAAUUUAGAACAACGCUUAUCAGUGAAAAAGUCCAUAGAAGAAAAAGAAGCAAUGCUGAAGGAAUUGGAAACAACUUCUGCCUUGCCUAAGAUAAUCGUUGCUGGUUAUCAAACAUUACAAUUAAUCUAUUUCUUCACUUGUGGACCGGAUGAAGUGAGAGCGUGGACAAUUAGGAAACUAACAAAGGCACCAAAAGCCGCAGGAGUCAUCCAUACAGAUUUAGAAAAGGGCUUUAUUUUGGCUGAAAUCAUGAAAUAUGAGGAUCUCAAAGAACAUGGUUCAGAGGCUGCUGUUAAAGCUGCCGGAAAGUAUGCACAAAAGGGUAAAGACUAUGUAAUGGAAGAUGGUGAUAUUGCGUAUUUUAGAUCAGGUCUAGGGAAAAAGAAGUAG